AUGAAUCAUCAUGACAGUCUGAACUGGAUGGAGAAGAAAAAGGAAUGUGCACGACUCCGACCAGAGAAGAUGUCAGCAGAUGUAACUGUAUGUCAAUCACUUAAAAGGUGCACAAAAAUGUAUUAUUUUGGCACAGUGGCUUGUCUUAUUGGGAUCUAUUUUACAUCAUCAGAUUCAUUAACAGUGGAGCGAGAAUUGAUGCCUGGAGUAAAGUUAAAUGAAAGCAUGAAGGAGCAGAGACACAAAGAAAAUGUAAUUGAUCAAUAUGCCAUCACUGAUGUGGAUUCUGAUAUUGAAAGCACCAUACAAAGCAAACAUAAAAUGGCUUCUGGUAGGCAAGAAGAAGAUUCUAAAGCUAAACCAGGCACAUUUUCAAUAGAAUCGUUUUUGAAUCUUUUCAGUGUGGACAUUGGUAACAAUGGACAAUCUCCUUUGGAUAGUAAAGAAAACCAAACCAAUAUCUCAAAAUAUAAAAAUGAAGGAGACAGUGUGAUAGAUAAAGUGGAUAGUAAAAUGCAAAAAGAAAAUAAAUCAAACAAUGAAGAGCAUGAAAGUAAUGAUCAACAAAGUCAUGGGCUUUCUACUGGUGGACUUUCCGAACAAUCUGAAAAUUUCCCAUUAAAAACCAACACUGAUAAUGUACAAUUUGGUGUAGAAGGCAGCACGGGGUAUGCACAUUUUCUAGAGGAAACACAUGAUGCAAAUGUGUUAAAUAUUUUAAACAUCACUCACAAUCUGGAUACCAUGAAGCAAAGAAUCAACAAUGAUACCCAUAAUAAUCUCUAUGUAAAAGAGCCAUCUUCUGGAGAUGCAAGUGUUAUCAAGGACUUGGAGAGUGUAAGAAACAUUAAGGAAGAGGAUAUCCUUCACAUUGAUUCAAAUGUGUCUAGAGAUGACAUUGAGGUUAAGAAGGAAAUAAUGCAGAAUGAAUCGGCUAUAGAAGAGCAGCAGAGGCAGCACUCAGAUAGCACUGGAUAUUAUAAUAGAAUUAGAGUUGACAACAUCAGUGAAUUGACUGCUACUGACCAACAUGAUGGAAACACAGAUAAGCCUAGUAGUGUUCUUCUCGAGAACCCUAGUGAACUCCUUGUAAGCCACCAUGACCAUGGAGUUGAUGGUGCAAUUCAGAAAAAUGGAGAAGGUUUAGAGAUAAAUAAUAAGAACCUCUCUGUUGAUCCAUGUAUUCAUUUCCACUGUAAAAGAGGGAAGAUGUGUAAGACUGAUGGGCAUGGGAACCCUUUCUGUGUUUGUCAAGACCCAGACUUAUGCCUAUCUGGUAACAGAAAUGAUCUUGUCUGUGGGACAGAUAACAAAACUUACCCAAGUGCCUGCCACCUUUUUGGCACAAAAUGCUUUCUUGAAGGCAGCAAGGAAAGAAAUCAUCUUCAUCUGGACUAUCAAGGUCCAUGCAAAUACAUCCCUCCUUGCACAGAAUAUGAACUUGCACAUUUUCCAUUCAGAAUGAGAGACUGGUUAAAAAAUGUUCUCAUGCAGCUCUAUGAAAGGGAUCAGGAAAACACUGGUCUUCUCUCGGAAAAGCAGAAAAGCAAGAUGAGAAAAAUCUAUGAGAAUGAGAAAAGGCUGCAAGAAGGCGAUCAUAACAUUGAGCUGUUAGUAAAAGAUUUUCAAAAAAACUACAACAUGUAUAUCUAUCCGGUUCACUGGCAGUUUCACCAACUAGACCAGCACUCAAUGGACAGGCUGCUUACACAUUCAGAGCUGGCUGCCCUUCGUGCACCUCUCAUCCCAAUAGAACAUUGUGUGAAUAAGUUUUUACAAGAGUGUAACACCAACAAUGACAGACACAUCUCUCUCUGGGAAUGGUGUUGCUGUUUUGGAAUCAAAGAAGAUGACAUUGAUGAAGACUUGUUAUUCUAAAUCUUCAAUGAAACACUGAAGCUCAUGACAUCAAUACAUUUAAUUGUUGACAUGAAUGCAAUUUCACGCAAGUAGCAGCUUGAGAGACAUGUUUAUAGGGGGAUUCUUAAUUCAGUGAAUAGAUGUUAUUUUUAGUAUGAUGAAUAGCUACAUAUAUUACCAAUAUAUUUUCAAUAUUAAUUCAUCUUGUUUUUUAAGAUUCCUACUUGCAGUUAUUCAAAAGGAAUCUGUCAGCUAUAUAUCAUGCUUAGAGCUGCAGACAUGGGCAGAUAACUGGUAUGGAGAUAAAACGAAUGACACCUGUCUCUGUUAGCUGAUGGCUGUUUGCAAAGUUCACGCAUUAUAAUGGCAGUGCUGAGCUGCAGGAUGCAUGCCUUCUUCCUCCUCCCCCACCCUUGCCAUGAAUGAGUGAUAUAGAGUGUUUGGCAUCCAGCACUUAGCUUUUGCACUGACACGUUAACACAUCUGUAGACAUGAAAGCUCCUUCAGAAUGACAUCAGAGAUCUUGAAAACUGCAAAGAAUUAAUACAUGACAUAUCUUGGAAAUAUGGGCAGCUUUUAGUUAUACAAAGCAGAACUUUAUAUACUGAAAACAGAGUACCCCAUCAAAUGCCACAGGAAACAUUUCCCUGUAAGAAGUGAUUUAUAAUGGAUUUGUUAAAUACUAAUACAAUGUUUUGUGAUGCCAACGUUUGUGUUAAUGUGCAUUGAUGAAUAAAGUUAU